CAUGCGCAAAGCGAAAUGGAUUUUCCCUACGUGCCGGAAUUUCCCACCAUACUAAGUGAUUGCCGAUUGAGAAACGGAGAAUCGGAAAGCUUUGUGUCACAAAUGCAGCAAGGCAUUACAAUCGGCUGUGCGGUAUGAACUUUAGAAAGUAAUGGACCACCCAGAGAAAAUAAGAAAACAAAUUUCCAUUUUGCAUUUCGUGUAGCUUUUUGUCGUUUCGCAUAAAUGCGUUCUGCCAUUUCUGGACAAUUUUCAAGAAAUGCACGACUGGGUGGAACAAAAGUAUGAAAAGAAGAUCUUGAUUGUGAUCGACACUGAAGAUAAAUUAGCAUUCGAUGAUGUGAUGGAUAUACUGAGACAUAGAACAGUAAUGAAUGAGUUACCACUGACUCAGCUCAUCAAGGCCGAUUCUAAUAGUGAAUUUGUGGAUAUUUGGUCAGCCUAUCCGUACGGAUCUGUCGGACAACUGUACAAUCGAUUAUACUUGAACAAUUUUUCCUACGAAUUCGACAAAGAAAUGAUACCGAAAAUAACAAACUUGGAUGGUUGGCCAGUAAUUGGUGCAUUUAUUCAUUAUCCUCCGUAUACGGGAUACUACCAUGUUCCUGCUGGUACCGGAAACGCAAAUCGCUUUGGUUCCAACGAUUCGCUCGUUCUACGACUGGAUGGACAAGAACACAUUGCUCUCGUUGAAUUUUGUCGAAAAUACAACUGUACGCUAACAGGUCGUCUAGAUUAUGAUGAAAGUCUUUGGGGUGAUAGCUUUCCAAAUCAUACCGGCACCGGACUAAUCGGUGCCCUAACCACUCGCGAAGCAAACGUAUCCUGUGCUGCGCUGUAUUUAUGGGACAGCACAUACUAUUUUACGCAAUACACGGCGAUACUUCAGCGAGCAACGAUAACUCAUAUCGUACCGAAACCCUUACCUUUGCCAUAUUGGCAGACACCGAUUUUGCCGUUUCCGGUUUAUAUUUGGGGAUAUGUCACCGGAUCAUUUCUAAUUGGCGCAGUCAUGUUGUUCAUUAUCAAUUCAACUCAAAAUCGAAUUGAAGAAGGAACCGGCAUCUAUGGGCUGUUCGAUUCCGUUUAUGCAGUUUUCAUGAUGAGCAUAUUCCAGGGAGUCAACAUCAACAUUAAAUUCAUCUCGAAUAUCGCUAUUUUCACUGCAAUUCUCAUUUAUGCCUUAGUUAUCGGAAAUUUGUAUGUCGGUGGAUUGGCUAGUGUCAUGACAAUAACUCGUUACGAGCAGCCAGUUGAUAGUAUCGACAAACUUGUCGAAAGCAAAUUCUCGUGGAGUUCAACUGCUUUAUCCUGGAUAUUUACACUGCAAAAUUCCGAUUAUCCACCGCACAAAAAAUACGUGGACAAGUACACGGUCAGUAGUAUUCCAGACUUAUUGAAAUUAGUGCAACGGCACCGGACGGCCGUUAUGUUGGAGACAAUGCAAUAUGGUACGUUGACUUAUCAGCCAUUUAUCGACGAACCGUCAUCGGAGUACUACAUGCUAAUGAAGGAACAAGCGUACUGGCAAGGUACAAUUAUUAUGACCAGCAAAACAUGGCCGUUCAUGGAACAGCUCAAUCGAAUCGUUUUUAUGCAACAGGAAAGCGGAAUAAAAUACUACUGGGAGUUGACUGCGGGUUAUCGCUUAAUGAACUAUAACAUUCAAAGAAACAUUGAAUCGAAUUCCAAGCCUCCCGAUGGCGGUGAGCCAGUCAAAUUAUCGAUUCAGCAUGUGCUUGGAGCUCUGUUUCUGUGGAUUUUUGGCAAUUCAGCCGCUGUAAUUGUUUUCAUUUUGGAAAUAUUGUGGGAAUACAACAAGAAGAGGAUCAUGACAUUGUUGCACCUUGCGUCGUAA